GAUAACGAAGGUGUCGUCCACGCCACGCAUCCAGAAUUUUGGUUUUUGAGUCCGAAAGACCUUCGUUUCUGGUUUCUACAACACUGCCUCAGCGAUAUGGCCCGAGAUCGGUGGGCCCAUCGGGGUGUCCUGGACUUACUCGUACACCUGCUCGUUAAACGUGAAACUGAAUUUGAGGCACGCAGGAAGUACCUUACGAUUACUAUCAAUGGCAAACCAGCAGAACUUCAGUUUGACACGACCUCAGACACCAGCGUCAUCUUUAGGUACACUUGGCAGGUGAUUGGACGGCCUCCAAUGAUCACAUCGGACAAAAAGCCUGUGAAUGUUUCUGGAGGAUUUGUGCGGCUCACAGGCCAGCUUGAAUGGGACGUUUCUCUUGAUGGCACUCAAUUCAAAGGAACGUGUUACCUUACCAACCCCCGCACCUUAACUUGACGGUCUUGGCUGGUGCAACAAGAUGAAGGUCACUCUCCAACUUCCAUCAAAUUCGGAGGCUGUCUUCCGACCAAAAGAUCAGUUCCUUAUGCUGCAGUUACUGUGGUCGACCAAGAUCUUGAUCGUAUUCAACGAGAUGGUCUUCUUCCACCAGUCAAUUACUCUGCAUGGCCCUUGCCCGUACCGGAAGUUCUAUUUGCUAAGUUGAGUGUCAGAAAUUGUUUCGUUAAAUUUGAUCUAUCUGAUGCAUACCUCAAUACCCAUCAAUUACUGUUCCAAUUGACCGGUGUUCCAUUCUGGUUUAAUACUGCUCCGGCCAGCUUCCAGCAACCCAUGGACACCAUGCUGAGGGGCAUUGAAGGAGCCACGGCCUAUCUGGAUGCUACCAUCGUCACUGAUUCAAAUCCAGAUGAAUUGUUGCAACGCUUGGAGACCGCGCUCAGACAGAUUCAGCAAUAUGACCGUCUUAAUGAUAUGAUAAUGCAUUACCCAGAAUUUAUACCAGCUUUAGUUGAGAAGAUGGACGUGCUUUUGGCCAUGGGCCAAUGGGAACGUGCUCUUGAUGUGGCCUCUAGUCUGGAUAAGCAUUACAAUCUAUUAUGUGCAUUGGAAUUGAACAACAGAUAUCAGUUCGAACAAAUGGCGAACGUUAUAUACAAAUUGUCGGGAAGGAACGCGCGACUGCUGAAGAAGGCCUAUCAGUUUGCCGAACGUGCCUUAGAGAUAUCACCGAACAGCUUUUCUUCAAUUUUCACAAUGGCAAAAAUAUCUUUUGCCCAAGGCAGUCACAAAGAAGCAAUGAGAUAUCUAAAAAAGGCCAUGAAAUUGAACGAAUCAAGUUUGGAGACUAUGUGCAGCAUUGUAAACUGUCAAAUAAUGCAAAAUUGCCUGAAGGACGCUAAACUGCAAUUAGAACUCCUGGAAGAAUUACAACCUACCAUUGGAAGUUCGCCUAUGAUCAUCUACCUACAAGCAAUUUUGCUACUGGAAGAAGGAAAACCUACUCUGGAGGUUUUGGCAAAACUUGACGAAGCAACAGAUCUGCACUUUAAAAAACUCAAGAAGGCCACACCCAGCAUUGAAUACUACUGUGAAAUGGACCCAGAUUUCCUGCUCCAGCUGGUAGAUGCGUACUUCAGCUUAUCCGUUCAACCUACUCCAGUCCCGGCGGGCAUUGAGAAGAGUCUGCGGACUGUUGACGUCCUGAAGGCGUCUACGAUGUGGCCAAAUACACAGCACAUACUCUCCAGGUGUCAGAAGAUACUUGGGAGUUUAACUGAUGCCUUGCCUGGUCUGCAGUGGGCAAACUAUCUUUUCGCCUAUUUGCAUCUAAUUCGCGGCGACUAUAACCAAGCACUCACCUUCAGCCAGACUGCUCUGGAAAUCGAUCCGACUUGUUCAACAGCGCAUGUAUUGCAGGCCCAGAUAUACCUAGCCCAAUCGAAUCUCAAGAGAGCGGAGCAAACUCUGGAAAUUGGACUAAGUAACAACUUUGAACUGCGCAAUCAUCCCCUAAACAGUCUGGUUCAGGCGAAGAUACACAUACAGGAUUUAAUGCCCGAGAAAGCGAUUGAAGUUCUAAACCAGGCGCUGACAAAUCCAGAAGCCCCGGGAUUCAGGUCUGUGUCAGCUGCAUCAGCCGGUGCUGGAAGAAUGCGAGACGCUCCAGAUACAACUCAAGGAACCAGCCGUCGUAAACAAGCCUAUACUGAAUUUUGGACAACAAUCUACCUGGAAAUCGUUACGGCUUACCGAAGCUCGGGCAAAUUCUAUGCUCCUCUUAAGGAGUUCGAAAAUCUUGGCUUGGCGGCUCCAGAUUUCCUAUUCACUGUUCCUUAUACCAAGGCCUGUGUGACUACUCCAGAAGCAGAAGAUUCAUGUUUUUUAGACGUGCUUAUACGCUUGUCUACUGAAAGCAGAUACUGUCGUUUGAUUGAAUUUGGACAGGUUGAAUAA